CGCCAACGACGCCCGAGAGCACCGAAACAGAAUCCAGGAGAGGGCUGCGUAGCACACGGGCCUCGCGACGCGACUCCCGGAACGGAAGCCCUAGCUUUUUCCUCGCGUUCUUCCACCCCCUUUCCUUCCUCCACCCCGCGCCUCCGCCCCCGCUCCCGCCUCCACCCCGCGCCCUCGCCUCCGCCGCGCCAUGUACCCGAGCCCGUACGCCGGCUCCGGCGCCGGAGGGAAGAUCCGGCGCCGCCCGCCGCCCCGCGCCGCGUCCACGCCCUACGAGCGCCCCCCCGCCGCCGCCGCCGCGCACCGCCUUGCGGCCGCCGCUGCUGCUGCAGCGGCUUCCGCAUCCUCGGAGCCGGGCGGCGGCGAGCGCGGCGGCGGGAGCGGUGGCUGGGUGUCCCGGCUGGUGGACCCGGCCUCCCGCCUCAUCGCGGGCGGCGCCGCGCGCCUCUUCGGCUCGGUGUUCCGCAAGCGCCUCGCCCCGCCGCCGGCCCCGUCUCCGCCGCUGUCGUCGCCUCCCGGAAAAAAUAACGAGCCAAAACAGGACUUGCCUGAUUCAACACAUGUUACCAGAACAUUUGAAAACUCAAUGCAGGAUUCGCUUCCAAUCCCAGAGGGUGGAAUGGAUAAAGGGAAGAGCAUAGUUGGCACAUCAGAUGACAAAGCAUUGUCUGAAGUAGAGCACUUGUUAAUGCGGAAGACAUUCACUAAGGUUGAGUUUGAUCGACUUACAGACUUAUUGCGUGCAAGAACCAUUGAGACUGAUCCACCUAAAUCAAUUGUUCCUCAUGAGGAAAAGAAUGAAGAAAGUAUCAGGAUUGAUGGAAUCGGAGGCUCAGCAUUACGUCAUAUGGAUCUAGAUGAUUCUCCGGCUGUUAAAGUACAUAAUCAUGUUGAUAGUUCUCCUGCAGAACUCGCGAUACAAUAUAUGAGCUCUCGUUAUUCGAGGGAACCCCAAUCAAGUAGUCUGCGGAGCCGUUUGUUUCUUGAGAAUAAAGGGGAAGCAAGCAACAUUGCCAAUGAUAGGAGAUCUGGACCACCAAUUGUUCAGGCACCACUUGAAUUUCGGAAUGAAAAUCCUGGUCUCCCUGUGAAUGGCUAUGGGACUUCGGGAUUACGUGGGCGGUCAGCGAUAUAUAGAAUGUCUCGCUCUCCGUAUUUUAAGGGUCAGAACUAUUCCAACGAUGUGAACACGUCUUCAUUGCCCCAACGAGCGCAAAGUUUGCAUGUUGGUGGCAGACAGGUCCUGAAACGAAGGGUGGCUGAAUUAGAGAAUGAACCUGGAUCUGUAGGCCCUAUUCGUAGAAUUCGGCAGAAGUCAAAUAUGAUGUCUUCUUUUAGGGAUUCUCGUGCAAAUCCUCGAGGAAACCUUCUCACUAGCCAUACAAGUGAGGAAACCUUCUCACUAUCCAUUCAGUCUUCGAGCUCAAAAAGACAGGUUGGGAGUAGUCAAUCUCUGAGACCCCUAGAAUCCCAAAAGAAUGGGGGAGAUGGUAAAUCUAGUGAUAGCAUUCCACCCAUACCUGCUCAAUCAAACAAGAUGGCUGAGAAAAUAUUUGAGCAGCUUAAUAUAAUAGCUCCAUCACCAAAACAGCAGCAAUCUGUUACUCCGAAUGCUAGUAAUUCUAUGUCAAAGAAACCUGUUAUGCAAGAUGCUGGGCCAAGCAGUAUGUAUAACCAAUCUAGUUCCCUGAAGUUUCAAGAUUUGGAUGGUGCAAAUGGACCCCUUGAUACAAAUUUGAAUGGUUCCCUGUUUAAGAAAGACAAGCUAAAUAUAAUAAAAGACGUACUGCCAAAAGCUGCCUUUUCUGAUAGACCUACCCUUUUGGGGAACCCAGUUGCUGCUUCUAAAUCACUGACGCCAGGCUUUAAAAUGGCUGUGAGAGAGGACUCACCAGAGUUGGAUGAUGAUCUGGAGAUUCGUAUUCCACCAUCAAGUAAGAUUGAAACAACUGAGCAAAAAAUUGAUUCAAGUAGAAAAGAAAAUAUAUUAGAGCAAAGGGUCGAACCAAACUUAAAGAAGAACAUUGCUGAUUCUCCGGUUAGUGAACAGCCUGUAGCAUCACUGUCCAAAACUGUCCCUUCAUCUAGUGGUUUGCUUUUAUCUAAUGAUCCUGGGAAGGCAGUUCCCAAUGCUUCUGUGGACAACAAUACUGGUUUUGCAUUCUCAAAUGCACCUCCUGGCAGCCGUCCUGCAACUGGUGUAUCAGCAAUGUCAGUUGCUUCAGUUAAUGAUGAUAAACAGACUGGUGCUUCAAAUUCUAUUUUUGGCAUCAAGCAGUCAAUUACAUCAGUUUCGGAAACAUCAACUGUAAAAAACAAUUCCACACAUGGGCAGAGUGUCAUGAAGCCCACACCAUUAGCCAGCACUAGUCCAGAGAGAGGUGAUAAAACAGAAAAAGCAGAAGAUGUAGCUAAAUCAUCGGAAAAGGUGUUGCCCUCAGCUGCAUCAGCAACACUGAACGUACCUCUCCGUUUUACUUCUGCGGCAUCUACUUCAAGCCUGAGCAAUGGCUUCUCGUACUCGCCACCAAAGCUCGAAACUGCUCCACCUACUGAUAAACCUGCUAUCAGCUCUGCUGCUUCCAACUCCAUAUUUGCUGUAUCCAGUAGCAGUCCAGCUAUUUCAUCGUCUCCUGCAUUUACAGCAUUUAGUUUUUCUUCCAGCGCUCCGGUUGGCUCGUCAGUGGUAACAUCAGCUAAAUCAGAUGGCACAACUGUUGAGAAUAAGGCAGCUAGCACCAUAUCAUUUGGUGUAGGGGCUGCAAAAGAUGAAGUGAAAUCUUUGCCACCAGAUGCAACCAGCAAGUCGCCAUCGAAACUUUUUACUUCACCUGUGUCAUCAAAUAUUGCAAGCUUUUCAAGUUCUGUCACUUCUACGCCUAGUUUCUCCCCGGUUGCAGCUUCAAGUGAUGUUGCUGGCAUAGCUAUGGCUGCACCAUCUAGUACUUCUACUGCACCAGGUUUACAGUCUGCUUCAACCCCAUCAUUUACAUUUCCGAGCUCUGGAAACAGCCUUUUUGGGUUCAGUUCGCCAGCCCAAUCAACUGGCCUCAGCACAUCAUCAGUUGCUGGUACUACCUCUCAACCAUCAGCUGCUAGCACAUUCUUUGGUAGUAAGCCGGCACAGUCAGAGGGAACAAUGCAACAACCAUCACAGAGUUCAAAACCACAAUCUGGGUCACCAUUCCCGGCCAUGACUCCUGGACUUGGUGCUUGCUCGUCUGGAUCGGGGACGUUAUCUUUUGGACUUGGAGCUUCCUCGACUGGUUCAGGGACCAUAUCUUUUGGUGUUGGAGCAUCAUCUUCCGCACCUGGAACUUCAUCAGCUUUUGGGACAGCAGCUCACUCAUCUGGACCUGGGGUUUUCUCUUUUGGGGCAGGAGCUUCCUCAUCAGGAUCUGGGACUGUUGCCUUUGGAGUUGGAGCUGCCUCAUCAGGACCUGGGGUGUCUUUUGGAUCAGGAGCUGCCUCGUCUGGACCUGGAUUUGGAGCAGGACCCUCCUCAUCUGGACCUGGGAUCGUGUCCUCUGGAGCUGGAGCCUCCUCAUCUGGACCUGGGACCGUGUCAUUUGGAGCAGGAGUCUCAUCUGGACCUGGCACUGUCUCUUUUGGAGCAACAACUUCCACAUCAGGGGCUGGAUUUGGCAAUUCACCAUUUGGAACUGGAGCUACGUUUGCGAACCCAUUUAGCGCUAGCUCAAGUACUGGGUUCACAUUUUCUUCACCUAGCUCUUCUGGUGCAUCAACGGUGGCCAGUACGAGUGUGUUUGCCUCCUCCACAGUUUCGUCAGCCUCAGAUUUUAGCAACCCUUUUGGCUCAAGUUCAUCCGCACCCAGCACAUUUACAUUUGGGCAAUCAGCUUCUUCAGGCAGCGGUUUUGCAUUUGGAGCGCAGCCAGCUCCAACGUUCUCAUCUCAACCAUCAUCAGUUUUCUCAUUUACUUCAGCAAACACUAGCAUGAACUCGUCUCCACAGCCUGCAUUUGGAAUGACUAAUACCAACACAGCCUUCGGCAUGGCUUCCCCUGGAAAUGAUCAGAUGAACGAAGACAGCAUGGCAGAUGACACUAGUCAGGCGGCACCUGCGCCAGCGCCAAUAUUUGGUUCUUCAUCAUUUGGACAGCAGAAUAUCUCACCUGCUGCCCCGGUAUUUGGUGCUCCCGCAGUCCAGCCAGCUGGUGUUUUUCAGUUUGGCAGCCAACAAGGCUCAACACAGCAGAACCCGUCCUUUCCAGCCGCUGGCAGUCUAGAGUUUCAGGGUGGGAAUUUUUCAUUGGGCAGUGGGGGUGGUGGCGGUGACAAGUCGAACCGAAGAGUGAUCAAGGUCAAAAGGACAACAAAGAAGAGAAUUUCCCUGCAGCAGGAAGAUAACACUACUAUAUAUCUCAUGUCUGGGGCUUGUAAACCCAUCCUCAAGCUGAAACUGGGAUGUUACCGGCCACCUGCCGCGGCUGGUGGUACUCUGGGAGAGCCGGAGAUCCGGACGCCCAUUGGCUCCCGGACCCGGUGGGACGGCGACGCGCUUUUGGACUUCGCACACAGCGGAGCGGCGCGGCGCGACCCGCUGUGCUUCUUGGAUCCGAGCGGGGGGUCAGCUUGGGCGCCCGCCCCGAAAAAGAUUCCGGCGACUCGUGUUCGCCCCCGCCAGCCGACGGCCGCGAUGGGGAACACGUGCGUCGGCCCCAGCAUCACCAAGAACGGCUUCUUCCAGUCCGUCUCCACCGCGCUGUGGAAGACGCCGCAGGACGGCGACGCGCUGCCCGCCGCCACCGCCGCCAAUGGCCCCGGCGGCGCCAGCCCGGGCCGGUCGCAGUCGAUGCCGCCGCCGAAGCCGGCGUCCGACGUGCACGUCGCCGUGCAGAGCAAGGCCCCUGAGCCCGUCAAGAUCGCCGUCUCCUACUCGGAGCCGCCGCCCAAGGCGGCCGCCGCCACGCAGGACGCCAAGCCUGCCAACACCAAGGCCAACGCCAACGCCAACGCCAGCCCCAGCCCCAACUCGUCCGCCGAGGCGCCGCCCAAGCCGCGUCCCAAGGUGCCGCAGGUGAAGCGCGUGUCCAGCGCCGGGCUGCUCGUCGGCUCGGUGCUCAAGCGCAAGACGGAGAACCUCAAGGACAAGUACAGCCUGGGGCGGCGGCUCGGGCAGGGCCAGUUCGGCACCACGUACCUGUGCGUGGAGCGGGCCACCGGCAAGGAGUACGCGUGCAAGUCCAUCCUCAAGCGCAAGCUCGUCACCGACGACGACGUCGAGGACGUCCGCCGGGAGAUCCAGAUAAUGUACCACCUGGCAGGCCACCCCAACGUCAUCUCCAUCCGCGGCGCGUACGAGGACGCCGUCGCCGUGCAUCUCGUCAUGGAGCUCUGCGCCGGCGGCGAGCUCUUCGACAGGAUCGUGCAGAAGGGCCACUACACCGAGAGGAAGGCCGCCGAGCUCGCCAGGGUCAUCGUUGGAGUCGUCGAGGUGUGCCACUCCAUGGGCGUCAUGCAUCGGGAUCUCAAGCCGGAGAACUUCCUCUUCGCUGACCAGAAGGAGGAGGCCGCUCUCAAGACCAUUGACUUUGGUCUCUCCAUUUUCUUUCGCCCCGGUCAAAUAUUCACGGAUGUUGUUGGUAGCCCUUACUACGUCGCACCAGAGGUCCUGAAGAAGAAAUACGGUCCAGAGGCAGACGUUUGGAGUGCUGGUGUAAUCAUUUACAUCUUGCUGUGUGGAGUGCCACCAUUUUGGGCAGAGAACGAGCAGGGUAUAUUUGAAGAGGUUUUGCAUGGGAGACUUGACUUCGAGUCAGAGCCGUGGCCCAGUAUCUCCGAAGGCGCCAAAGAUCUUGUGAGAAGAAUGCUUAUUAGGGACCCAAGGAAGAGAUUAACAGCUCAUGAAGUUUUACGGCAUCCGUGGGUUCAGGUCGGUGGUUUGGCUCCUGAUAAGCCGCUGGAUUCCGCUGUUCUUUCUCGCAUGAAGCAGUUCUCGGCUAUGAAUAAGCUGAAAAAGAUGGCUCUUAGGGUAAUUGCCGAGAACCUAUCCGAGGACGAGAUCGCCGGCCUGAAAGAGAUGUUCAAGAUGAUCGACGCGGACAACAGUGGGCAGAUCACGUUCGAGGAGCUGAAGGUGGGCCUGAAGAAGGUUGGCGCCAACCUCCAGGAAUCGGAGAUUUACGCUCUGAUGCAGGCCGCGGACGUGGACAACAACGGGACGAUCGACUACGGCGAGUUCCUCGCGGCGACGCUGCACCUGAACAAGGUGGAGCGGGAGGACCACCUGUUCGCGGCGUUCCAGUACUUCGACAAGGACGGCAGCGGGUACAUCACCGCCGACGAGCUGCAGGUGGCGUGCGAGGAGUUCGGCCUGGGCGACGUCAAGCUGGAGGACAUGAUCGGAGAAGUCGACCAGGACAAUGACGGGCGCAUCGACUACAACGAGUUCGUUGCGAUGAUGCAGAAGCCGACGGUGGGUCUGCCCAAGAAGGCCGGCCUUCAGAACAGCUUCAGCAUCGGCUUCAGGGAGGCACUCAGGAUGGCCUGACUUGGGUGGGGAAUCAUAUAGUUGCCUCUCCUCUCCUCUCCUCUCCUCUCCUCUCCUUGCUGCGUGUAGAUGAUGAAUGGAGUUUGGACCUGAGUGAGUACGGUUGCUGUAGAGACGGUACUAGUAAAGUGGUAACUGGCUUCAUAGCAUAGGACUGAUGACGAGAUGAGAAUGAGAUUGGUUCGAAGCCGCUCGAGAUGUGUACAUGUGCCAUCAAGGCCGGCCGCUGCAGGCCCCUGGAUCGGUUCGAUUGCUUGGUUCCAAACGGUUUUGUUUCAUGUCG